GGUGUAGGCCUUGUGCGUAAAAAUAGGUUCUUUCUUCUACCGCUCCCUGCCGUAGGAUCUGUGUGUUAAUCACUGUAUAGCUCAGAAAAGCCAUUAAAGCGAAGGCAUCCAUUUUCCGCCAAAUUCUUUUCUCAAACGAUACUGAACAAAACUAACCAAAUAUUCUCUUUGAUCAGCCUCUACAAAGUUAGGGUUCCGGUACAGUGAGGAUGGCGGAGCCGGCAAGUCCAGGAGGUGGCGGAAGCCAUGAGAGUGGCGGUGACCCGAGUCCUCAGUCCAACUUGAGAGAACAGGACAGGUACCUACCGAUCGCUAAUAUUGGACGCAUAAUGAAGAAGGCAUUGCCUGCUAAUGGAAAGAUCGCUAAGGAUUCUAAGGACACUGUUCAGGAAUGCGUAUCUGAGUUCAUCAGUUUUAUCACUAGCGAAGCAAGUGACAAGUGUCAGAAAGAGAAGAGAAAGACGAUCAAUGGAGAUGAUUUACUAUCAGCCCUGGCUACCUUAGGGUUUGAGGACUACAUUGAACCACUCAAGGUCUAUUUGACUAGGUACAGAGAGUACAUGUUGUUUCUGUGGUUCCUGGACAACUUUUUCUUCUGGGUUGCAUGGAUCAAUCAAUGGUGUUGUAGAUGGAGGGAGAUGCCAAGGGAUCUGCAAGGGUUGGAGAUGCAUCUGUUAGAAAGGAUAUAGUUGGAAGUCAGCUUGGGUCCAAUACACAUUUCAUGUAUGAAGGUUCUUUUGCACAAGGCUUAGACUAUGGAAACUCCCAAAUAUGAAUUUUAUGAUGAACAAAGAACUUUGGAUGCAUACCAAAAAAAAGCUCAAUACAUAGAACAGUGAUUAGUCUUCUGCUCGUACAGAUGCCAGAGUAGAGUAUCUUCCGGUUUCUCUUCUUGCUGAUCUCUGUAUUAAACUGUUCAACAGCAAUGUUGAUACUCGUUUGAGAGGACUAGACACCUAAAGGAUUCCUACUAAUUUCUGGAUCAACUUCUGCAAAUAUUUUGUUUGCUAUAAUUUGAUUUUAAUUUUCUUCCGCUCUGUACAUACGGUUUGGUUUUGAAUGUCACUUGGAACAAACCAUCUAUUGUAGUUUGUACAGCACCUAAGUGCCCAAACAAUUGGAUCUGUUUAAUUCCUCUAGUGUUUUUUUGAUGUUAAUUUUCCAAAAAGAAUGUUAUAUG